GCCGCUCAAACAAUUCCAGCGUCUGUGCACACCGGUACCGGAACAUCUGCACCAUCACUCCGCUGCUCCUUACCACAGGACCAGCUCCGAACCACAGCCGGAACCAGCCAUCACAGCUUCUUUGCAACAUUCGGAUCAGUCUUAUAGCCACUCCCUGUGAAGUCGCUACUUGCCGCUACGAAGCAGGAGGUCUGAGCCACCUCGGAAGGCCUCUGGUGUGAAGUUGGUCCGUGGGAAGCCAAGAGAUGAAGAUAUGUUUUGUGUUUGUGGCAGCGCUGCUGUUCUCCGCCGUACGAGCAUUGUGUCCGGACAAAGAGCCAGGACUAAAGCCAUGGAUGCCUGGACAUAGUGAGCAUCAUCGUGUCGUCAUCGGUUACGGCAGGAAGGUUCUCCUCACCACUUCUGCUACCGUACACUCCAUUGAGAUCCAAAAUGGAGGAAAGCUGGUGAUUGCUGACACCAACCGGCCCAUUCUUCUUCGAACAAAACACAUUCUUAUUGGGAACAAAGGGGCAUUGCACAUUGGAAGCCCAGAUUGUCCGUACAAGGGCAACCUCACCAUUUCACUGUUUGGAAGGUCAGAUGACAGUGAUCAGGAGCACACCUACUUUGGCCGCAAGUACAUCGGCGUGGGGACUGGUGGUUCUUUGGAGAUCCACGGGGCUAAGAAGCUGUCAUGGACUUUUCUCAACAAAACCCUCCACCCUGGAGAGAGCAAGCAAAACAAGUACCUGUUUGAGAGGAGCUGGGGGAACCGAGGCAUGAUUGUCCACGUCGUUGACCCCAAGAAUGGGGAGGUUUUGAGAGACGACAGAUUUGACACGUAUCGCAGCAAGGAGGAGAGUCAUCGGCUUGCAAAGUAUGUCGACGACGUGGAGACGGGCCUCAUCGUCGCCAUGGUGGUCAGUGAUGAGGCCUCAAACAACUUAGAGGACUCGGCCAAAAGGAUCAUCACCAAACUUGGCAGUCAGCACAUCGGAAAUUUAGGAUUUCGACAUCCAUGGUCUUUUAUUGUGGUGAAAGGAAACGUGUCUUCUGCUGUGGAAGAUCAUGCUGUCUAUCAAGGGACAAAAGCCUCCUCAGAGGCCAGAAGCUCUCGUCUUUUUCAACUGAGCAAAGCGGAGCAUUUCACUGUGACGGCCAGCAGCCAGUGGAUGCAAGAGGCUGAGUGGACAGAAUGGUUUGACAGGGAUGAUGAGAGGGGAUCCGGCGACUGGGAGAAGCUAACAGAUCUGCAUCAAGCCUAUCCUGACCGACUGUGUAAGAGUCCACUGGACAUUCAGGCCGAAACCCACGAUGGCAUCUCGUCAAACCAGACAGGCGAUGUGAUCCACAAAAAUGAUAAAGAUUAUGGCUUUGUCUGCCGCAAUAAGGACCAAGCUCAUGGCCUGUGCCACAACUACAGAGUCCGCUUCCUGUGUGGGAAACUGGUUCGUCCUCAGGCGUCCAUUUCCAUUGACCUGUUGUCCAACAGCACCAUUCUGGAGCUUGCUGACCAGCCAGUCGGAUGGCAACCUGGAGAUCAGGUGGUGGUGGCCAGUACUGACUACAGCAUGCACCAGACUGAAGAGUUUCACCUCAUGGCGUGUCCUACUUGCACUCCCAACCAAGUUAAAGUUCAAGGUAAAGCCGUGUUUAUCCACAUGGGUGAAGAGGUGGAUGGUGUGGACAUGAGAGCUGAGGUUGGUCUGUUAAGUCGUAGCAUCCUACUUCGUGGUGAGAUGGAGCCCAGCUGUUAUGGCAAUGAAGCCUGCAAGUUCUUUGACUUUGACACCUUUGGAGGACAUAUAAAGGUGGAGCGAGGAUUCAAAGCCGCUCAUAUAUCAGGCAUGGAGCUGCACCACAUGGGUCAACAGACCAUGGGACACUACCCCGUCCACUUCCAUAUGGAUGGUGAUGUGGAUGAGAGGGGAGGCUACAACCCCCCCUCCUCUGUCAGUGAUCUGUCUAUCCACCACUCGUUCUCUCGUUGUGUCACCAUCCAUGGUUCCAAUGGGCUUCUGGUCAAGGACGUGGUGGGCUACGACGCGCUCGGCCAUUGUUUCUUCACAGAGGACGGUCCAGAGGAGAGAAACACAUUUUAUCACUGUCUGGGCCUCAUGGUCCGAGCAGGAACUCUCCUGCCUUCAGACAGAGACAGUAAAAUGUGUCGUGACAUCACUGAUGGAGCCUACCCAGGAUACGUCGCCAACCCACGGCAAGACUGCAGCGCAACUUCAACUUUCUGGAUUGCCAACCCCAAUAACAACCUCAUCAACUGUGCUGCUGCAGGCUCAGAGGAAACCGGUUUCUGGUUUAUUUUCCACCAUGUACCCACCGGACCCUCGGAGGGGUUAUACUCGCCUGGGAAAACAGAACACACACCUAUGGGUCAGUUCAGCAACAACAGAGCCCACUCCAACUACCGGGCUGGAUUCAUUCUGGACAAUGGAGUCAAGACCACUCAGGCCAAUGACAAGGACAAGAGACCCUUCCUGUCGCUGAUCGGAUCCAGGUAUGGCCCCCACCAGGAUGCUGACCCUUUCAAACCCAGAGUUCCUGCUCUCAUUCACCAUUUUGUAGCCUACAAGAACCAGGAUCAUGGUGCGUGGCUGAGAGGAGGGGAUGUCUGGCUUGACGACUGCCAAUUUGCAGAUAAUGGCAUUGGCCUUACUCUGGCAAGUGGAGGGACAUUUCCAGAUGACGAUGGCUCUCGUCAGCAAGUGAAGAAUUCUGUGUUUGUUGGUGAAAGUGACAAUCACGGGAUGCCGCUCCCUGAUAACAGUAUCUGGGGCCCAGGCGGUGCUGACCCCACUGGUAGAACCCUCCCGCGGGGCAUUGAUUUCCCAAUCCGGGGCAUGCAGAUCUACGAUGGACCCAUCAACGUGCAAAACUGUACAUUUCGCAAAUACACGGCUCUGGAGGGACGCCACAGUAGCGCUUUUGGUUUUCGACUCAACAACUCAUGGCAGAGCUGCCCAAACAAUAAUGUGACGGACAUCACCUUCGACCAUGUACCUAUCACAUCCCGUGUGUUUUUUGGGGAGCCCGGUCCGUGGUUUAAUAAAAUGCAGAUGGAUGGGGACAAGACCACCAUUUUUCACGAUAUUGACGGCUCGGUUAGCGAGUAUCCGGGCGCUUACCUGGUUAAGGACGACAACUGGCUGGUGCGCCACCCAGACUGCAUCGAUGUGCCUGAUUGGAGGGCUGCCAUCUGCAGUGGCCACUACGCACAGAUCUACAUCCAGACACGUAAUCCCGCCAAUCUGAACAUGCACAUUGUGAGAGAUGAGUACCCCGAUCGACCCCUGACACUAGAAGGCGCUCUUGGGAAGAGGAAGCACUACCAGCAGUUCCAGCCUGUGAUCACCUUGGCAAAAGGCUACACCAUCCACUGGGACCAAGCAGCACCUGCCGAGGUCACCGUCUGGCUCAUUAACUUCAACAAAAAAGACUGGAUCAGUGUGGGCAUCUGCUACCCACAAGGCACCACUUUUGUCGUCAUCUCAGACAUCCACAAUCGUCUGACCAAACAGACCCACAAGACAGGAGUCUUCAUGAGGACCACGCAGAGGGAGAAGAUCAACCACUCACACCUGACCAGAGGCUACUACUACUGGGAGGAAGAUACAGGGUUGCUCUUCCUGAAGGUACAGGCUCAUAACGACAGGGAGCGGUUUGCAUUCUGCUCCCUCAAAGGAUGCGAGAGGGUGAAGAUCACAGCCAUCAUCCCGAAAGGAAGUCCAGCUAGCAACUGCAUGGCUCGAGCCUAUCCAAAAUAUGCCGAGCUGCCUGUGGUGGACGUCCCCAUGCCCAGAAAGAUUCCCAAUGAAAGACUGCCCUCUCCAGAGCACUUACUGGAGGUUAAAAUGGAGUCCUAUAAUACUCGCUUCUACCACAUCAAGGAGGACUUUGCCUUUACUGAGGUCAAUGGGAAGAAGUUGUACCAAGCAGAAGAGGGCGUGCACCUGACGGUCAUCGACGGGCAUGACGGGAAGGUGGUCGAGAACAAAGCAUUCAGGAACGCAAUCCUUCAGGGUGUCCCUGCCCAAGUAGACAAGUACAUCAGCGAACUGAGAGAUGGUUCAAUUGUUCUCAUGACGUCCAAAGGUCGUCUGGUGACAAGAGGAAUAUGGACCAAAACGCUGGAACGACUUGGAGCCGACCCAAACGUCAAACUCAAAGAUAAGGUGGCCUUUGUUGGGUUCAAGGGCUCCUUUCGCCCAGACUGGGUUCGAAUGGAAGUGGACCCCAACCGAGCCAAGAUCCACCAGGUCCUUCCCAUCCCUGUGGUCCACAAGAUGAAGCUAUGAGUGACGUUGUGACUACAAAGAGACUAUGCGGGCCUCGUAUACCCAUAAAACAAAAAAAUACACACAUAUAAUACACUCACAUAGUCAGCUGACUCGGCUGCUUCAAGCCACGGUUCCAAGACCAAGUGGUGUGUUUUGUGUUUGGAUGUGUUGGGAAUGAGAAGGAGUGUCCACCGUGAUUUUUUUUACAGUCGUGUAAAAAUCAGGACACUCCAUUCUGUUCUGUUUUCACGUGGCUGUAAAUGACAUUUGUGGCGCCCUCUGUGGGUUGUGUUGAAAAUGCUUUGUAAGACACGCUAGCAUACACGUAAUACAGAUAGCCUCAAAGUUUUAUCAUCUAUAGACAAACGCUCCAUGACAUAUGGACAAGUCGUUGCUCAGUGUCCCUUCGAAGAUGUUUUGUUUGAUGUUUUUCAACCAAUCUUGUCAGCCCCCGAGUGAUAAUUUGGCGGAGCGUUACAGUAAAGUUACAGUGGGUGGCUUUGUGGCGGGCAUUGAACUGUGUGAGAAAAUUCAAUUCAAGGGUCAAACUUGGGGGUUUAAUCACCGCAUAGCUAGCGUCCAUGUUUUGACACAUUUUCACUGGUUUGUGUGCAUCGGUUCAGCAGUAGAAGAGUUACACCGUGGGGUGUCCUGUUAUAGGUGGAACUGGACGGUGUUGCUAGAGCGGGUUUGUCCAAAGUCCAGCCCAUGGGUGGGCCUUUUGUUUUGGUUAAAAAAAAAAAAACCUGGCAUAUUAAAAAAAAAAUUAUUUUACAUUAGAACUUAGUAGCAUAAAGUUGAAAUACUACAGAAAAAAAAGUUCUCACAUGAAAAAACACGAAAACUUAUUUGGAAAAGGUGUGUCAGAUAGAGGAAUAAAGUCAAAAUAUUGUGGGAAUAAGUCAUGAUUUUGAGGGGAAAAAAGGAAACAUUGUAAAAUAAAUAAGCAGCAGCAGAAAUAAAUAAAAGAAACAGCUGUAAUAAGAAUAAAGUCAAAAUAUAAACAGACAAAUGUUGUGUGCUAAGGAGAAAAAGGUCAAAAUUUUACAUGAAUUAACUUGUAAUGUAAGAAAAUGUUUUAAUUUUAGUAGCAUAGACUUGAAAUAUUAAAGAAAAAACAUUCUAUUUUUCAAGUCAUUAUAUUAUGAGAAACAAACCAAACGAAGUCAUCAUUUUUGAAAACUCGUUUGCUCAAAAGUCAAAAUAUUAUGCGGAUAAAGACAUAAUAUUACCAGAGGAACGUUUAUGAAUAUUAUUUCAGAGGACAGUCGAAAUAUUUGGAAAGUUUAAAAAACAACAGCAAAAAUGGCAGGAAGAAAGAGCAAACGGUGAAAUUCAUAGUCAUAUUUCAUUUUCAUUUUUCUUAUCAGUAUGUGGGGGGGGGGACGCAGUACAUUUGUAACAUUAGCUUACGCGUGUGUACUUUAUCAUUUAAAAGCAAUGAUGCAGGCUUUGCUUGUCGGUAUUUGGUGUCGUUUACACAACUAUCGCAACUCUGCAUUGGAACUUUUACGAUGUCAGCCGCAAUGAUGCAUCUGGAAAAAAAAGACAUAGUGUAGCUUAGAAGGGUACUUUAAGUGGCGUCGGGAAGAAGAAGAAUUUGAUCCCCUGCUGAUGUUGUUCAUUGACCCCUUUACAAAGAUGACAAACUGUAAAAGAAGACAUUAAUAAACGUUAGAAAUUAAAUAGUAUUUGAAUAAGGGACCGUAUGGGAACUCCUGUUUACCAAUACAGUAGGUGGUGGAAAAAUGAGUACCAUAAAUUCCGGACUAUUGAACGCACCAUCAAAUGUACAUCAGCAGCAUCAUUGUUAAGCAUGUGGAAAGAAGAAGCAGCUUACAGUUAGAUGCCCAUAAAAAUGUCUAUUAUGUCACCAUUUACCCAAACACCUCCCUUGCUCACAGUGCAACCAAAAAUACCACACAUUGUACCUGCACCAAACAGCCUAUGUGGGUAUCGAAAUAAACACUUACAAAUAUGCAUGCAAAACAAUACUUUAUAUGAAUUUAGCAUCCGCAAGGCAUGUUGGGUAACUUUGGUUGCACCGUGAGUGAGGUCGGGAUUUGGGUUAGGGUUAGGUUUACCAAUUUUAGGGUAAAUUAAAUGGUUUUCUACCAAUAAAACAGCUUAAUUAUGGAGGUUGUAAAGACAAUAUGUUAGGUUUCCCAACCUUUUGAUCAAAAGUCGGCAAAUAUGCGGGGUUACAACUUCUGAAUCAUGAAUAUACAGGGUUCCACUUUACAUGUACAGUUACACCCUUACCUUAGCUGCUUAAAAGCGAGAAAUGGCAUUCCAUUGUAUGCACCUUGUCCAGUUUUACAGCAUUUGGAAAGUUUUCCCACCCGACAUUGUGAUGAUUCCCAGUCAGUGUUUGCAAUCCAAUUUAAGCAGCAAGGAACAAAACGAUCAAAUAUUUUUACCAGCGUCAAAUCCAAUUCAGAGAUUCAUUUUCUUUGCCGAAAUAGCUGGUCUUUUUUCGGAGGGUGUAGCAGUAUUUUAGUGUUUUGUAUGUUUGAUGUGUUUUUAAAAAAAUCAGCAGAGAAGAGAUAUAUUUUAUACUUAUUUAUUGUACAGACACAACCCAUCUCCAUCAUCUGAGUUGUACUGUUGUCACUGUCCUGUGUGUAUACUUUAGGUAACAUGCGAUACAUCACUCUCCUGCUAACGUGUAUACAGUUGUGCUCAGAAGUUUGCAUACAGUCAUCAUGGGCAUGAAUGUCACAUUGCUGUAGGGGUUUUCAUUAUUUAUUUGAAUCGAACUUUAUGCUGGGUGGAAUGAUCAGGCAUCUUCAGUGUACACAAGAUAACACACAACUAAUAAACACUUAUAGCACUAGAUUCAUCAUUUUUUUCUUAUUAUUUUCUUGCUUAAUUCUAUUUUUUUAAUUUGCUGUGAGCCAUAAUUAGGACAUCCCUGUACCAAAACAUAAAACAAAAAUCAAUGUGAAUACUUCAAAACAUAUAAUAUUAUAAUAUAAAUAUUAUAAUAUCUAGAUUUCCAUCUCUUUGAAGUAUAUUUAGAAAAAGUAUUGCAAAUUUUAGUCAGAUUAAUCAGUUUUUAUUAAUUAAUAAAUCAUGAUUAAUCACCAUUCGCAACUAUGUCUGAAAUAUGCUAUUUUGUCUGUAUUCAAUGAAGAGAAAAAUAAAUGCCAGGACAGCAUUAUAUAUAUUUGUGUGUUCAUGUCUCCAAAUCAACUGAAUUUAUCCAUCAAGCUAACACUACUCUCUCUCUCUCAUUUUAGUGUGAUUAUGCGUUCAAAGAUAUCAUGUGUAUUGUCCAGGACACUAAAAUGUAACAAAUUGUACAUCCGAAUUAAGAGUAACGAAAUGAGUGAUAAGAAUAUCCAUUUUUAUUUUUAAUCUUCCUCUUUAUUCACAUACACACACGCAAACACGCAUUAUAGAGCUAACUUUGUGAUGUACAGAGUGUCCCUGAAUACAUCUCGUGUUCUUGUAAUGUCAAUGAGGAAGUGUCAUUCCCGGGAUGAACAGGCUAGAGACGUGUGUGAGAUUUGAUAUCCAUACAGUACAUGCCAUAUACUGUAUAUGCCAUAUACUGUAUAUAUACAGUAUAUAUACUAUGUAUAUACACCAUAUACUUUAUGGUGUUGGGAUUCAGGUCAGAAUGAAGUUAUAAACGAGCGGCAGACUCUGUGUGACUGUGUGGUGACGCUCUGCUAUGCUUGUUUGACGUCAUAAGAGUCGUGUGAAUGCUUGGUGCGCAUGCGUUAAUCCAACAAAAAACAUCUAAUGUAAUGAAAUAUAUUAGUUAGCGCCUUACUUUUGACAGCCCUAGAAAACAAACACAAUUUACGAUGUAUAUAUGAGCAUUAUUAGUGUGUAUUAUUUUGAUUGUGUGUACAUGGAUCAUAAAAAGAACGGUUCAAAUAAGUCAUAUGACAUUCAUGGCCAUGAUGACUUGUUAAGAGUAAACAAAAUGGAUGUGUUGUACAUGUGAGUUUUGUCAGUUGAAAAAUAUGUUUGUCUUCUGAGACUUUUGUACAGAAAUAAAUCAUGCUGAACAGAGUUUGGUGUCUUGUUGUUACAACAUUCAAUCUUUUUCCGACCGCCACCUCUGUAAAAGUC